AUGCAUGACAAAUACCACAUCAUUCCGGGGUUGGGGCUCGGCAGACAGUAUGCUGAGACUCUCGUCGGCUUCCCUCUAGGCAUGUUUGCGGUAGUCAUCUUCUGGCUUCUCAGCAACCGGUAUCACAAUAAUCACAUCCUACGCAAGGCUCAUCCAGUCGUCAUGAUGGACGGUGGGCUCAUCUGGGCACUAUACAACAUCAGCUACAACCUGAUGCCACACACGAUGGAAUGGAAGGCUUCGCAAAUGUUGCCAAAUUACCUAUACAAGAAGGCAGCCGAGGACGGCGUGGUGAUGCCCAUGGCGGCCGGGCCCGAGAUUCCUCAGGAAUGGAGAGGGACAUACCCUAUCAUAGGCAACGUGGCUCCUGAAGAGUGGAAUGGAUUCCAUGGCCUGAUCAUCCACGACGAGUUCGGUCGAGUCGGCGGAAUCGGAAUCGAAAAUGGCUUGGUUGGUGGCAAGAAGUAUGGCUUGCAGAAGAUCAAAGAUAUAUUUUCAGCCAAACCGAGGCAGUGGAUCACCUCGGGCAUGUACUCGGACUACCUUGUGACGCUCGUUAAGGAAAUGACCGGCGAGUAUAUGUUGCUGGUGGUUCAGCGGAGAGAGGGGCUGAUGACUAAGCAUAUAACACUCUCUGGAUUGACGGCUGCUGGCACGGCCUUUGUGGACUUUGAUAAUGUGAAGGUCCCUAUGAAUAUGGUGGUUGGACAGUGUGGGCAAGGGUUUAGUUACGCUAUGAACCGGGGGGUGUUUGGAAAGAAGCUUAUUGAUUAUUCGGUUAUUCGGCUUAAGAUGGCUAAUAUGAGUUGGGAGACCGAGGCCUUGCAGUUGUGGGUUGAGAGUGUAAUUUUCCAGCUACCUAAGCCUACGCUCGAGGAGGGCGUCCUCCUCCUAGCUGGUAUAACCGCUCAGUUAAAGGCUUAUUCUGGUAUUGUUCUCGAGACUGUUGCGAGCGAGGUGAUACAGAUAAUGGGCGGUAUCGGCUUGACCCGAGGAGGCUGGGGAGAGCGCGUUGAGUGUAUCUGGAGGGACGUCAAGGUAAUCGUUAUCCCGGGAGGCAGUGAGGACAGUCUUUUGAACUUGGGAUCCCGAUGGACGGUUAAGAUCAGUAAGUAA